AUGGGGUACGAUAGUUGGAUCUCUCUUCGGCACCUUUUUGGUGAUAUUGGGCGUUGGAUUAUUGGCCUAAUUCCGUUGUCUCCUGCGUCGUCGCAAGCAAUCACCAUCGGUGUGGGCACAGCUUCACCUAACGUGGCGUCGAACUACAAGGAGGCAGAGACCAGUGCUGCCUACUUCAUUGGCCAGCUAGUGGACAUUGCGGCGUUAGACAGCGACCUUCUGUGCAAUGAGUACUUGGCACACGGCACAGGUCAGAUCUAA